AUGUUAGCUACACAGCGCCGCCGCUUCUCUGCCUGGCUCGCCUUGCCAGCGAGGGCAAAGCUCUCCGCCGUAGGCAAUUCUUUUGCCCCUCCGCCCGCCAAAUCCGCGGAUGGACGAGACCAAUGGCCCUCCCGCGCCGCGUUCCUCCUCGCCGCCAUGGGAGGGUGCGCGGGGCAAGGGAACCUCAUCCGGUAUCCCUCCGUCCUGUACAACAACUACGGUCUCCAAUGGUUCGUCCCCUACCUACUCGCCAUCAUCCUCAUCGCCAUCCCCGUCCUUAUCAUCGAAAUCGCUAUAGGUCAGGCAUACCGCGGCGGAUCCGUCAUCGCCUUCAAUAACAUCAACCACCGGCUCCGCGGCGUGGGCAUGGGACCCGUCUUCGUCUCCUUCAUCGUCUGCCAGUACUUUACGGUCAACCUCGCGUGGAUCAUGAACUACUUCCGGAACUCGUUCAUCAGCCCAUUACCGUGGGACGGGCGGAUCGACGCGUUUUACAACGACGAUGUUGUGGCGAACCCCGCGCCGAUUAUGGGGUCCUUGACGGCGGGAGGGAACAGUGUGGCGGCGUAUACGCAGUAUCCGGCGAUGGGAAUCAUCGGGGAGACGCUGGGAUGGAGCGCGUUCAUCUGGUUCCUCAUCUGGUUCUCGAUUUUCAGGGGAGUGGGGAUGACGGGCAGGGUGGUGUACUUUACGAUGGGUCUGCCAAUCGUCACGACUAUCAUCUUUGUCAUCCGCGCGCUACUCCUCGAUAACGCCGGUGCGGGUGUACGGCUCGUCUGGGCUACAUGGCGCAGCGACCAGCUCGCCCAGGGUCAAGUCUGGCAAACAGCCGUCGGUCAGGUCUUCUUCUCCACCGGUGUCGGAUUCGGCUACUUUACCUCAUACGCCUCAUACAACCAAAAGCACUCCAACGCGGUCAUGGACGCGGUCCUCAUCUGCGGUUCCAACGUCCUCUUUGAGAACUUUGCCGCCUUUGCGGUCUUUGGCGUCGUCGGGUUCCUACGCCGCUGGCCGACCGACGGGGUCCGACUCGGUGCAUUCGUCGUCGGAUUCCUCACUCUCCCCGAGGCCGUCCUCCAGAUGCCCGGCCAGAACUUUUGGGCCUUCCUCCUCUUCUUCACGCUCAUCGUCCUCGGCUUUUCGUCCGCCUUUGUCAUGCUCGACGUGGUCGCCACUCUCCUCGUCGACGGUGGCGUCAAGUACUCUCGCCCCACCAUCGUCACCUUCCUCACCCUCCUCUCGUUCCUCAUGUGCAUCCCUUAUUGCACCCAAUUCGGAUACUACCUGCUGGACGGGAUCGACCGGUGGAUCAACAAUGUCAUGCUCAUCUUUGUCGUCUGGGCCGAAUGCGUCACCUCCACCAGCGUAUACCGGUACUCGGAUAUCAUCGACCAGACCGGCACGCCUGCCUUUGCGGUGUACAAUUCGGGAUACCUCGGCGGACAGCUCGUCGGGAUCGUGGUGGCGCAUACAACGGACUCGCCGGGUAUAGGCGCGGGCGUGGGCAUUGGGAUCUGGGUGUUGGGGUCGGUGGUAGCGGUGUUGAUGGCGAAAAUGACGGAGGUGGCGCAGGCGGGCGCGCCGAAGGCGUUUAGGGCAAACAAGUAUCUGGCCAAGUUCUACUAUCUGGCUUUCUACUCAGGUAACCAACUACGACGCGACCUCAAUGUCAUUGUCGGCCAAAAGCCCAACUGGCGCAUCCCCUUCUUCAUGCCUUUCCUCCUCCGCUACAUCUCCGGCCCCAUCCUCGCCAUCAUCUUCUCCUUCGCCUUCCCCGAAUUCCACACGCUACGAUACGAUCCCAUGAUGGUUGCCGGCUUCAUCCUCUCGCUCCUGGGGGUCAGUAUCGUGCUCUUUGGGUUUGUGGCGCCGAGGUACUAUGGGGCGUUCAUACCAGCGCACAGGAAGAUGGAGGGGAAGGAAGAGACGGUGAUUAAUGAGGAUAAGGUGGAUAGUAUUGUGUUGGAAGAAGGGGCAAAGGAGGCGGAGGUGCUGGCGGGUGGAGCCAUGUGA